UUUUUUUUUCUUUCUUUUCUUUUCUUUUCUUUUCUUUCUUCUCUCUCUUUUUUUUUUAUAUCAUUUAUUAUUCAAUAUGGCACCAUUAAAGACUAUAAUAUUAUUCUUUACAGUUUUAUGUUGUAUUCUUAUUAAUGCAGAAAACAUUAUUGUACUUGACAAAAGAAUUCCUCAAGCUGUAGGAGGAGGAGGAGUAGGUUCUAGUGCAGCAUCAUCAGCUCAACAACAAUCAUCAUCUCAAGCAUCUUCUCAACCUGCUGCUCAACCUAGCGGAAACACAACUUUACCCAACACAGGCAAUAGUACCGUUUCUGGAGGCAACAGUACAGUUAGUGGAAAUAGUACUAAUAAUCCUUUAGGUAAUUUACCCACUUCAGCAAGUUAUGGUGUUACUGUUCAAGUAGGUAUUGCUACUUUCUUGGCUCCUACUGCAAGUAAAUCCGUUUCUCCUCUCUAUCGUGUUGAUGCCAAUGAAAAUGUUACUUUUAGUUGGUCUUAUACCAAUCUUCUUGUACGUCCUGCUAACUUGACUUUGGCUGCUGUCGGUCCUCAAUCUGUUACUUAUACCAUUGCUGCUCUUGCUGGUGACGCUACAAGUUAUGUAUGGCAACUCAAUUCUGUGGUUCCAAAAACUCCUUUGAUGAAUGGUUAUUAUCAAAUUCAAUUAUAUGAUCAACGUGGUCCAUCUGCUGUACCUAGUCCUGGUUGGUUAAUGCCUCAAAGUCGUUUAACAAUUGCCUUUUAUACUCCACAAAGUUAUCAAUCGAUCAAUAAUAGUAAUUACUGUCCUACUUGUUUUUAUAGUGCUGCACAAGCAUUGAAGAAUACAUUUGGUCCAAUGGGUAUUGCUUUUGGUAUUGCUUGUUUGACAUCUGGUUUAUUUAUCUAUGGUCUUAUUUACUGAACUAGCUCUAUUUUGAAACAAAUGAAUCCUCCUCCAUAAAUACACCUCCUUUUUUUUAUUAUUAUUCUUCUUCUUAUUCAUUAGUUAAAUAUCAUCCUUGUCUCUCUUUUUUUUUUCUAUUCCAUAUCUUUUAUAUACACCCAUUUUCUCAU